UGUCAGUUCCAGAAAAAACUAUUUUUGUGGAAUGCGGUGCUAGAAAUUUCCAAACAUUCGUUGCCCACGGGAGAGAUUAAAAAUACCAAACAUGAGUAACAUGACUGAUACACCAGAAAAAACUAGUGUAGCUAAGCCAAAAAUCAAGCAUGACUGGUACCAGACAGACGCACAAGUGGUAGUUACCAUCCUACUCAAGAAUGCACCCGCUGACAAGGUGAAAGUGCAUAAUGGAGACCGCAGUCUCUCAGUGUCAGCCCCUCUACCAGACACAGAUGCCGAAUACAGCCUAGAAUUAGAACUAGCACAUGAGGUUAUUCCUUCCAUGAGCACGCAUGUAGUGUCACCGUCCAAGAUAGAAGUGAAGUUAAGGAAGAAGGAGGGUCUCCGAUGGGCGAAAUUGGAAGGAGAGGGGAAUGAAGAAAAAAUAAAAGCUAUACCACAAGCCGUCAUAGAUGCUUCCGGGCCUCCUGCGCCACCGAAGAUAUACAAAAAAGACUGGGAUAAGAUAGAGAAAGAGAUUAAGAAAAUGGAGGAAGAGGAAAAGCCUGAAGGAGACGGGGCGCUCAACGCUCUCUUCCAGAAGAUAUACGGCGAAGGAUCAGAUGAAGUGCGAAAGGCUAUGAACAAAAGCUUUGUGGAGUCCGGAGGCACGGUGCUCAGUACGAAUUGGAGCGAGGUGGCCAAAGACAAGGUGGAGGUCAAACCGCCCGACGGACUCGAAUUCAAAAAGUGGGAUGAAUAAGACAACUUAUACAACCGGAGACAACAUUAUUACGGAAUAUUUAGAUCAGUUCGGUUUCAUUUCACUCACUAUUAUUUUUAGGCGUACAACCGCCGCGGACACUCGUGCCUGAGGAAGGAUUCCCGAAGAAUCCGAAAUAUGUCGCCAAAAGCGACUAAAAAUAAAAGUGAGUGAAACCGUACUGAUCUAAAUAUUUGUGCCAUUUUCAACCAAAAGGGUACUUAUUGUCGGUUGUCAAUAAGGCGCUAUUUCCAUAUAGCUUCAAUUCGAAAUCAACCUUAUCGACAAGCGACAAUGUGGUACCUUUUGGUUGUAAACGUCACAUUUUGAAAUAUGUCUCACGAUAGUUUUAUUUCGAACAUUAUUAUAGAUACGUAACUUGGUUAAGAGCCACUUGCACCAUCCCACUAACCAGGGGUUAAACCGUUAACCCAGUGUGAAAUUGUACUGGUAACCAUGGUAACUCCAGGUUUAACCGGUUAACCCCAGGUUAUUGAAUGAUUUAAGUGGCGCUAAGAGUCAUAAGAACCUAUACUUCGUUUUUUUAGCAUAAUGAAAUGAAAUAUGAAAUGAAAUGAAAUAUAUUUAUUUGGGACGAAGCAUGUUGCUGAUUUGCAUUUGUAGCCACCAGACGAAGCCUGCGUUGCGAAUUUUUUACAUGUAACUAGGUUAUUUUUUAAGAAGUGCACAUUUUUAUUGUUUUGUGUGAAUAAAUGAUUAUAAUUAAGAAUUUAUUAAUAACAAUUGUUACAUGUCGAGGUAGGUAAGAGCGUGCGACGUGCAACCCGGAGGUCGCGGGUUCAAACCCCGGCUCGUACCAAUGAGUUUUUCGGAACUUAUGUACGAAAUAUCAUUUGAUAUUUACCAAUCGCUUUUCGGUGAAGGAAAACAUCGUGAGGAAACCGGACUAAUCCCAACAAGGCCUAGUUUACCCUCUGGGUUCGAAGGUCAGAUGGCAGUCGCUUUCGUAAAAACUAGUGCUUAUGCCAAUUCUUGGGAUUAGUUGCCAAGCGGACCCCAGGCUCCCAUGAGCCGUGGCAAAAUGCCGGGAGAACGCGAGGAAAAUGAUGAGAGAGUAAGAAAAAUUGUGCCCCUUAGUUUGACAGCCAAAACAGAUGGCGCUUCUCUGAAUUGAUCAAACGUCAACUUUUGACAAUCAGAUUUACGGCAAAAUUGUCUUUGAUUUUACACAUCAUACGCAAUUAACCUUUUGGACGCCAAUGACCGAUAUAUACGCACCGCAGGUUUAACGCCAAAGACCGAUUAAUCGGUCAUAGACCACAGUGCAACAUAGACCUACAUGCAUAUGCAUAAAGCUCAAUUUCGGUUUUGACACUUCGGUGACGUGGCGUCUGGAUGACAGCUUUUGUGUUUGACACCAUGGAGACUAUAUAAUUUGACACGGCGUCGAGAAGGUUAAACCUGGAGUUAUUAUGGUUACCAGUACAUAUUUGACAAUUGGGAUGGUGCAAGUGGGCCUAAGUGUUAUAAAUGCCACCGAAAAUUCGGUUUAUAACAUGUGGAAAUCGUGAAAAAUCGCGGAAAAAAGGAUGAAUAAUUUAAUUUGAAUACUGAAACUCCCGCAUUUUAAAACGUAAUGAUUAUAAUAUUUAUAAUUAUUCUCAUUGUUUGUCGUUGCAAAAAAUUGUUAUACAGAGAAAAAAAUACAUACUAAACUUUUACUGGCUCUAAUUUCUUUGUAUUACAAUUCCUAGCAACGAAUUAAGACAUAGAUAUAUUAUUGUAUGUUACUCGAACACGAAACCAGUGGAGGGACAAUCCUCCUUUCGGGCAAGCUCGGCUCCGUUCGGCUCAGCAUUGCUCCGAGCAAUGGGGUUGGCAACUGUCAAAGGUUUGCAGAGAUGGCGCCAUCAUAGCAUGCCCCUUUUUCUAUGAGAUUUGGCUUAAAGGGCUGGCAUCCAGCAUUAAGAAAAAACAAAAAUUUGACACCAUUCUAGGGAUUGACAGGGCAAGCUAUGCUGGCGCCAUCUGCUAAUUAUUUCGACCGGCCAACCCCAUUAUUAGGGUUGGCACUUCCCUUCCCUUUGCGUGCACGACCACAGAUAAGAAUCUUAAAUUUCGACAAACCUAAGUAGCCGAAAGGGAUAGUGCCCACACAUUAGAAAGGGACAGCAUGAUUCGUCCCUGAAUCGCUGUCAAACUUCGGGUUUGUAGGAAGUGUCCUUUCUGUACGGUAGUACUAUUAUUUAUUCUGUGACGAAAUUUGGCAUAAAUAAGUUUCAUUAUUUUUCAGAAUGUUGUUUUAAAAUGUGAGCGUAGCCUAGAUUGUAUGGCGGCGGCUAUAGGUUCGCGUGACUUAAAUUUUAGGAACAGAAAAGACCAAGGAGCCCCAGUAUCUGGUUAAGCAUUUUUUUUACUAUUAAGUGAAUUUAUAGAAUAAAGAUUGAAAAUGUU